AUGCAGGUUUUUCCCUACGAAGAUGGCUUUCGUUUGAUAACUUACUUUCUUUUGCUAGAGGGAAUAGCUAUGCCGAAUCGUCAAAACUUACGAAGGGCUGAGAAAGACUCAGAAGCAUCUGUCAGGUCAACUGGAUAUGAGGGCCCAAGCACUUGUUUGAGCAAACCAGGUUUUGGAAAGGGUGUUUCACUUGAAUUCUUCAACCACAUAAGUGAUGUGAAUCUCAAGGAAGACUCUAGCAUUGUUGGGAAAGCUGGUUUUCGUCCCAAUAGUAAAUUUCGGGAAGUGCUAAGUGAUGAAGAGGACAGCAAUUCUCCAGUGGAAAUGGAUUUCGAAGAAGUUAGUACAGAAGAUAGCGAAGAACUUGAUUUGAGCACAUCGAACGAUAAGCGAACAAAGUCUACAGAUGGUUCUGAUAGAUUCAGUAAAGCCGUAACUUCUAUUUUGGAUUCAAAACUGAAAGCUUAUGAUAGAAAAGAUCCUAUUUUGGCAAGAUCCAAGAAAGGUAUCAAGAAGCUUGAAGAGGAAAAAUUAGAGAAGAAAGCCAUGAGAUUGAUUUUGCAAGAAAAAAAAGAGAGAUUAAAGCAUUCUAGAAAUGAACACAUACUUCCCACAGAUGACGAUAAUGUAAGAGCCAUUAUUGAAAGGGAAAGAUUUUUCAAGAAGAUUGCCCAAAAGGGAGCUAUUAGACUUUUUAAUGCCAUAUUAGCAACACAAGUGAAGACUCACAAGACGAUGGAGGACACCAAAACAGAGAUCUUAGGGCGUGAUGCUCGGAAACGGGUAAUGACAGAGGUUUCCAAAGAUAAUUUUUUGGAUAUGAUUCAAAGAGCUGGAAAAAGUACCUAG